AUGCUGCUAUAUAUUGCAUCGUUGUUACGUACACUUAGGCAAGUCAGACGCGGAACGGAAGAAGAUACGCGCGCGCGCAAUAAGCGUUUGCCCGUUUGUGCAAAUAGAAACACACUUGGUCAACAAGCUGGUUCAAUCGUAGUCUGUGAAGGAGGCACAGCUGAACUUGUGUGCCCUCGUGGUACGGUAAUAUCCAUAGCACUAGCAAACUAUGGACGCUAUUCGGCUCGAGUCUGUUAUGAGAACGAAGAUCUCGAUGAUGUCGUCCCAAUGACGCAAUGUCACAAUCCAAAAACUAUGCCGACAUUGAGGAAGAGGUCAGUUUUAGCCUUUUGA